UAAUAACUGGCACUGUUUCAAGUGCCAACUUCCAAGUAGAGAAUAAAAUAUUUCGAAAAAGGAUUCGCAAGUCACAAUCUAUACCGUUUGCUUUUUGUUUUUGUCAUUUUCACCGUCCAUAACAUAACCGUCGACAUCAUUCUCCACGGUGAUAUCACGAUGAUUGGAUCGUUUUUGACAAGAGCCCUUAUAAUGGUGUUUGGAUAUGCGUAUCCUUCUUACGAGUGCUUCAAAACGGUCGAACGAAACAAGCCUGAGAUUCAACAGCUCCAGUUCUGGUGCCAGUAUUGGAUUUUGGUUGCUGCUUUGACAGUCUUGGAAAGAGUUGGUGAUGCCCUUGUUCUCUGGUUACCGUUGUAUAGCGAAGCAAAGUUGGCGUUCUUCGUUUACCUCUGGUUCCCAAAAACCAAAGGAACUACGUACGUUUACAAUGUUUUCUUCAAGCCAUAUGUCUCUAAGCAUGAAAAUGACAUUGACCGCAACUUGAUGGAGAUAAAGACUAGAGCUGGAGAUAUGGCAAUGAUAUAUCUCCAAAAAGCAUUCGCCUAUGGACAUGCAAGAUUCUUUGAGAUCCUACAGUAUAUUAGAGAACAAUCAACACCAAAACCUCAGUCUAAGGAAAAGAAAGAGACAACAACACCACAACUUGAUGAUCCAGCUCUUACGGUAACAGAAGAAAACAAAGCCACCCACGACGAAAUGAAAAAAAAAGCUGACUCGUGAUAGAGAGAAACUAUUGGGGAAACACACAUGGUACAUUCCAACUUUGCAUCAUCUGCUUUCUUUUGUGAAUCUUUAGUAGAAAUAAAUAUCAUUAACCAAAUGUAAAUGAAAAUAAAUAUGGUUCGUGCCAGUUUCAUAUUUCAGCUGUAAGGGGCUAAUGAACAGAAUAAAGUAGCUUUUGAGGUAUGAGAUGGUUAGCAUUAUGGGCGUAAACCCAAAUCAUUUACAUAAUAUUGGGGCAAAGUUUAUGUCAGAUACCUGCAUGGGAAAUCUUUAUUUUAAAAUUCAAAGAAAUUUAAUUUAGUCAGUAUUGUAACACUCUUUGCGCCAACAAAAAGAAAGAAAACAGAAGAUAAAACACUCCACCAAAAGAAUGAAAAUGCUAAUCAUAGGACCACACGGUUACAAAGUUGUGACAUAUCAAUCACCGCAUGGGAAAUCACAUUUAGAUUUACAAAAUUUCUAUAGAUAUUGCAUACAUGUAAACGAAAGUCCUAAAACAAUAAUGAGUUGUUAUCGAGAAAUCAGUAAUUGAAGACGGAUGUAAACGAAUGAUAGAUGAAUCCAGUAUUAAAAGUUAGGGACCAUUUUUGAAUAGAAGUUGCUGUAUAUCUUAUCUACUCAAUCAAUUGCAUUAAUUGAUAUGGAGCUUGUUUUAUAACUUAGAGUGAACAUCUUCUAUUUCACUAGUUUCUUUGAUUCUCUCUGAGCUAAAGAAAGCAACACAACAAAUAAUAAUAGAACUUUAGGUAGUCAAUUCCAAUUCUCACAUCUAGUUUUCAACAAGUUAUUUGAUUACAGAAUGUGUGUGCAAACAGAAAUACAUUGCAGUUGUUACAAGUUUUUUAAUUAGCUUUUCCUAAAAUAUGAGGUAGGAAGGAUCUUUAAUGUUUCUUUGGUGGGAGAUGUAAUUCAAUUACAAACGGUACGCAAGAGAUCAGAUGCGGGGCUUGAUUUGGUUACUUAUAAAUAACGACUAGCUUUAUGAUUACACGAAAUGGGGACACAAUUGUCUCAAUUUUCUUCUUUUAUUUGAACCACUUUGCUAGUACCUUUAAAAUCAUAAAUCACAGGUACAUUACAUAUACUCCUCCCGUUUCAAAAAGAUCUGUAUUUUAGAAAAAAAUUGUUUCAAGAAAAUAUAUACUGUAUUUUACAUUUUAAAUGCAUAAAUUAAUUAUAAAUUUUAAACUUCAAAAAACAUUAUGGUAUUUAUAAAGAUUUUAUUGGUUAAAAGUUGUGGGAAAUAAUUGAUAACACAAAAUAAUGCAUUGGUAACUAAAACAUGUGAUAUGUUUUCUUAAUAAGUGUAAAAAUCUAAAACAUACAUCUUUCUGAAACGGAGAUAAUAAGGGGAGGUGUAUUCAAUAUAACAUUUAAAUUGAUUUGACUUUUAAUGGAGUUUUAGAUGAUUUCAAUAAGUUGCAGAGAUUUAUGUGAUUUUUGUUAAAUCACUCUAGAAUAUAACCUAAAACCAUGAGAUUUGGGUUUUGUUUUUUUUUUAAACUAAGAAACUCCACCCAAACACCCUAAAAUCACUUGAAAAUUUUAAAACUCUCCAACUUAAAAUAUUUUCAAUAACAGUAGAUUUUAGAGUAAUCUACGAAAUGUUAAGUUCAAUAACAAUGAAUUUUAGAUGAGUUUUUAAAAUUCAUGUUUGAAUAACAGUGGAUUUUUCAUUUUAAUACAAAUCAAACUCUCAGUUGAAUACACCCGCCUAAUAGAUUUUGAUCAAUUACCCACUAUCAAAUGAUUUGAAUUAGGAACUUAUGAUAAACAAAAAUUUAACAUGGUUGCUAAGUAAUUUAUUAAUCCAAAUAAAAUAGUUAAAAAAAUUACAAAUCCCAAAAUGUAGUUUUAUUCAAGAUUAAUCGAUAAAAAAUAUAAUCU